AUGAAAGAGGUGCCCCUUCCUGAAGUGCGGCGGGGGCCGGAUAAAUGGCCUCGGGGCCGCAUGCGGCCCAUGGGCUGGUCAGGUGGAGUAUCAACCAAGGGAAAAAGGAAACCCAGGCAGGAAGAAGAUGAAGACUAUCGAGAAUUUCCUCAGAAGAAGCAUAAGCUUUAUGGGAGGAAGCAACGGCCUAAAACUCAGCCCAAUCCCAAAUCCCAGGCUCGUCGCAUUCGGAAGGAACCACCAGUUUAUGCAGCAGGCAGUUUGGAGGAGCAGUGGUACUUAGAAAUCGUUGAUAAAGGCAGUGUCUCCUGCCCUACCUGCCAGGCAGUGGGGAGGAAGACCAUAGAGGGUUUAAAGAAACACAUGGAAAACUGCAAGCAGCUCCUGAAGCUCCAAUCCUCGGCUUGGUGGCUAAAGACUAACGCAACCCAACCAUCUCAGAAGCCCCCUGAACCAUCAUGGACACUGAACUUCGGGUAACUCUUAUGGUGGAGGGGAGAAAGGCAGCCGUGUGUGAUGGGAAGGAGACUGGCAUCACAGGCAGCCAGGAGACCGGGGUCUGCACACCAGGCAGCAGUGCACUAAGGGAUGGAACAAGAGGGCUCUGCGGUCAGGGUCCACAUCACACCCAUACCUCAUCCUCCAGGUACAUGGCGUAUUUGAGAUGGAUCUCGGGGGUUUUGUGCUUGAGGGCCAGCCGAGAGAGUUCAAAAGCAAAUUCAAAGGAGCUGAAACAGAAGGUGCAGAUAAAGUUUUCU